AUGAGAAACGUCGUCGCAGGCGACUGCGAGCGACAGAGCGACACGGCGCUGUACCAUCUGGGCAAGGCGUCGGCGGCGCUGGCGGCCGGCAGCAACCAGGAGGACGUGCCGUAUUGGCUGGCGGCGGCGAGGCGGCAGAUGAGUAACUGCCUCGACGGCUUCCAGGAAUUCGCCCCCGCGGCUCUCAACACGCCCUCCGGCGUCAUGCUUAAUUCGGUGAUCCAUCGCUCAGCGGCCACGUACGACGCCGCCGUAGCUCUGGCGACAAACGGCGCGAAGGCGGCGAUGGCGCAAGUCGCACAGCGCGGUCGCCAGACGAUGGAGCACGUGGACGACACACCCGAGUCGGAGGGACGACCCACGUGGGUCGAGGAGGGGCUGUACGAACAAAUCAAAGAGCUCCAAGCGCACCUCGUGGGCGACGCAGAAGCCGCGGGAACGUGGGCGGAACGCGGCAGGCGCGUCCUGGAGCGGAGCGAGACGGAAAAAUUGAUGGGAAAUGCGCGCCGUCAGCUGCAGGGCGGAACUUCCAAGGCGGCGACGAAACUGACUCCGAACGCGGUGGUGGGCAAGGGUGAAAAAUACAACAAAAUCUCCGGCGCGUUAAAAGCUGCCCCGUCUAAAGGCCGCUUCGUUAUAUUCAUCAAGGCGGGGAGGUACAAGGAACAACUGGUGAUCAAUAAGGAGGGCAUUAUUCUGAUCGGCGAGGGCAAGGACAAAACGAUCAUCACCAACAGCGAUAGCGUCGCCGGCGGAUCGUCCACCUACGGCUCUGCUACCGUCACCGCCAACAAGGAUGGGUUCAUGGCGGUGGGUCUCACCAUUGCGAACGAGGCCGGGCCGGAAGGCAAUCAGGCGGUCGCGCUGAUGGUCAGUGGCGAUCGCUCCGCCAUCUACGACAGCGCCAUCACGGGUUACCAGGACACGCUCUGCGUGGACGCCGGGCGGCAGUACUACAAGAACUGUUACAUCUCGGGGUUCACGGAUUUCAUAUUUGGGGAUGCUGCGGCGCUGAUCGACUCGCCGACUAUUUUCCUGCGGGCAGGGAAGAAAAAGGUGCAGAUUACGGCGUCCGGGCGGGAGAGUGAUACGCCCACCGGGAUUGUGAUUCGCUCGGGGAAGGUCCAAUCGGAGAGCGGCGUUCGGCUGGCGUAUCUGGGCCGUCCGUGGAAGGACUGUGCGCGCGUCGUGUACGUCGAUACGAACCUCCCCAAGGAGAUUCAGCCGGACGGGUGGAGCACGUGGAACGGGGGCAAGCCGAAAAGCUGCCAUUACUACGCUGAGAAGGGCAGCACGGGGCCAGGAGCAGCCAGCCAGCGUGCUUCGUGGGCCAAGCCGGGGAUUAUUUCGGAUGCGAAGCAAUUUGGGCCGCAGACGUUUUUGGAACUGAGCAAGUGGCUGAACGUGGUGGACGGUAUUCUCAAGUAA